GCGGGCGGGGAGGGGAGAAGAGGAGGGCGGGCGGCGCGGGCGGCCCCCGCGGGCCGGGUCGGGGCGCGGCGAGGCGGCGGCGGCCCUGGACACCUCGGCCGCUCCUCCAUCUUCUCUCGCCACAGCUCGCCUCGGCUUCCCCAGCCCGGGACCGGCCCAUUGCCAGCCCCGCGGGGGGGGCGGCCGGCCCGCCGCGCCGCCCCGGCCCCACCGCCCGCCCCGCCGCCCCGCCGCGCCGCCCCGAGUCCGCCGCCCGCCCCGCGGUGAGGGGAGCGGCGGGGGCGGCGCCGCGGCGGCCCGGGCCCGCGCCGCCCCGCCGGGCCGCCGCGCCGCCGCCUCCCCCCUCUGGGCCGCAGUGGUGCAGCCCGGAGGUUAGCGGAAGCGGCCGCUCGGCGCUGCCAUGUUGAGCCGCCGCCGCCGCCGCCGCUUUGUUGUCGGCUCCAUGUAGCUGGGGCCCGGGGGAGGGAGGGGGGGACCGCGCCGCCGGAGCCGCCGCCGCCGCCCGCCGAGGGCCGGGACGCCCCCGCCAUGGAGGCCAACUGGACCGCGUUCCUCUUUCAGGCACACGAAGCCUCACAUCACCAACAGCAGGCAGCACAGAACAGUUUGUUGCCUCUCCUGAGCUCUGCUGUUGAGCCACCCGAUCAGAAGCCGAUUCUGCCCUUACCAAUAACGCAGAAACCUCAACCUGCACCAGAAACAUUAAAGGAUGCUAUUGUUGGGAUUAAAAAGGAAAAACCUAAAACCUCCUUUGUGUGCACUUACUGCAGCAAAGCUUUCAGGGACAGCUACCAUUUGAGGCGUCACGAGUCCUGCCACACAGGGAUAAAGUUAGUGUCACGGCCAAAGAAAACUCCCACCACAAUGGUGCCCCUUAUCUCGACCAUCGCUGGUGACAACAGCCGAAGUUCAUUGGUUUCGACCAUCGCAGGCAUCCUGUCCACAGUCACUACGUCUUCCUCUGCCACCAACCCCAGCAGUAGCGCCGGUGCAACGGCUAUGGCGGUCACUCCGACGGUCAAGAAGCCCAGCAAGCCCGUUAAGAAGAACCACGCUUGUGAGAUGUGCGGAAAGGCCUUCAGGGAUGUCUACCACCUCAACCGGCACAAGCUGUCCCACUCGGACGAAAAACCCUUUGAAUGUCCAAUUUGCAAUCAGCGCUUCAAGAGGAAGGAUCGCAUGACCUACCACGUGAGGUCUCAUGAAGGUGGCAUCACGAAACCCUACACCUGUGGUGUUUGUGGAAAAGGCUUCUCGAGGUACCAUGUAGAAAAUCCCAGGCGAGCUCAAGUAUUGGCUUUUCAUAACCAAGAAGGGUUAAGCUAUCAUAGUGCGGGGCUAGGAGAACCAGACAUCUUAGAAGAUUGGCCUGAUCAUUUAAGCUGUCACGUUAAACAUGUUCACUCAACAGAGAGACCCUUCAAAUGCCAAACGUGCACUGCUGCCUUUGCCACCAAAGACAGACUGCGGACACACAUGGUGCGCCAUGAAGGAAAGGUAUCGUGUAAUAUCUGUGGUAAACUUCUGAGUGCAGCAUAUAUCACCAGCCACUUAAAGACACACGGGCAGAGCCAAAGUAUCAACUGUAAUACCUGUAAACAAGGCAUCAAUAAAACAUGCAUGAGUGAAGAGACCAGCAAUCAGAAGCAGCAACAGCAGCAGCAACAGCAGCAGCAACAACAACAGCAGCAGCAGCAACAACAACAACAACAGCAACAGCAGCAGCAGCAGCAACAGCAGCAGCAGCAGCAACAUGUCACAAGUUGGCCGGGAAAGCAGGUAGAGACCCUGAGGUUGUGGGAAGAGGCCGUCAAAGCCAGGAAGAAAGAAGCUGCUAACUUGUGCCAAACCUCCACUGCUGCUACUACGCCUGUGACUCUUACUACUCCAUUCAAUAUAACGUCCUCUGUGGCUUCUGGGACUAUCACAAACCCAGUCACAGUGGCAGCUGCAAUGAGCAUGAGAAGUCCAGUAAAUGUAUCAAGUGCAGUUAAUAUAUCCAGCCCGAUGAACCUAGGGCAUCCUGUAACUAUAACCAGUCCAUUGUCCAUGACAUCUCCAUUAACGCUCACCACACCAGUCAAUUUACCCACCCCAGUAACGGCUCCAGUGAACAUAGCGCACCCCGUCACCAUAACGUCCCCCAUGAACCUCCCCACGCCCAUGACGCUGGCGGGUCCCCUCAACAUCGCCAUGCGGCCGGUGGAGAGCAUGCCCUUCCUGCCCCAGGCCCUGCCCACCUCUCCCCCCUGGUAAAAAACUCCUCAACAGUAUUAAAAAAGGAUUAAAAUGGAAUCCUUACCAGCAGUUCUUUUUUUGGGUUUCGUUUGGUUGGGGUUUUUUUUUGUUUGUUUUUUUGUUUUGUUUUAGUUAAUAAUAAAUUCAGACUAAGACACUGGGGCAACAAGCACCAUCGGAGACCGUAGUAGCAUCUUCCUUCCCCUCUUGAUUUGGCUCACGUGGUUCAAACUUGAGUUUCACUGGAGCACUUCAUUUAAAGUAAGUUUUACCUUUUAGCUGACUGAUGCUGAGUUAGAGCAGAUGCUUAUUUGCCAGAGAUAAAAAAAAAGUUAUUAAAAAGACAGUUGUAUGUUUUAUCCCCCAAAUUUUAACUUAGAAAGUGAUUUGACUCUAAACACUAGCGAAGACCCCUCUGUGUGUUUAGCAGAGCGGAUGGCUCGUUCUGACUCGCCAGCCCUUCCGUCGCUGUUCCGGAGCUAGUGUAGAAUCUUUGUCUGUGUUGAUGUUUUGUUUUGGUUUUGUUUUGUUUCUUUUUUAAUGAGUAAAUGCAUUACAAUGUUGUCAUUAAAAAAAAAAAAUGCAUUUUGGAGAAAAUAUGCAUUUUACCUUUGGGAAUAUGAUAAUUUCAGGCAGCAUUCCCUAUGGGAAAGGUGAUACCAGCUCUGAUAUGCAAAGCAUAUGAUAACUUAUCAUUCUAACUUCAACAUAUAAUAGGGAUUGUGACCUGAUAUUUGGAGAUGUAAAUAUUACCCAACAUAUUACCCUAAGGGAAUAUAGCAUUGUAGUCAACAUUUUUUUAAAAAAACUUAUUGUUUGGUGAGAAACAGCCAUGGCUGACAGAAGAGGAGUUGAAAUGUAUGUACACAUGGUCUCUCAACAGUCAGACCCCUAUGGGACUCUUAUCUAGGAGCAAAAGGAGUGCUUUGGAACUUAAGAAAUCUUGCUUUAAGCUGGAAGAUUCUGGAGGCCCGGGGUGUGAUUUUUACGCCCUGCGCCUCCCAGUCAGAGCCUGCUGGUGUUGCAGCAGGGGACAGACGUGUUAGUUGUUCACUAGAAGUUUUGUCUUAUAUUAAAUUGUAUACAGUUUUUAUUCUAACCACUAACUAGGUAGGAUGCCCCUCCAGGACAAGCAGAGAGCGUCUUUUAAUUUCUCCCCUAUUUCUUAAUCAAGUGUUGUGCAAAUCUGUUCAACUUUGUAAAUAUUUGCAAACAUCAUCAUUUUUACGUUAUUCUUCUAUUGUGUUAACACAUUUCUAUCAAUUUGUGGGAGUUCUGGGGUGAUGGUUCAAACUACCCAGCCCAGAACUCCGCAAAUGGUCACACAUGUUUAAGCUACAUGUGCUUUUUAUUUCUUAACCUGUUUAUCUGUACAUAAAGUAGAACGCAAAAUCUAGGGAGACAGAUAUACUUUUAGACUAUCAUGUCACAUAUUCACGUUUUUAAAACUUUGUUUUAAAAAAAUAAAACACCCUGAACCCAAGACUCUACAUUAAAAAAAAGAGAAAACAAAAGCCAGUUGAGCUGUUUUUCUGUGAACGGAGUUGAGCUGCGGAGCUGCGGAGCCGAGCAGCCGGGCAGCCGAGCAGCCGAGCAGCCGGGCGCGCGGCUCCCAGCGCCGGCAGCAGCGCCGGCAGCACGGAUUGCCGGGCCGCGGGCUCAGGUGACGGGUGUCUGUGUCACCACGGGAAAGCGGUCGAGGGGCUUGGACUGCAGAGCAAAACAAAAACAAAAAACCGAAAAAAAAUAGAGCUUAGUGUAAAAUAAUUUUAUAAAUGAUCUUUUGUACUUUAGGACAUCAAAUUGUACAACUUUUGUAUAUAUAAAAGCUUAGGAACUUUCUGUUUAGCAGAAAGGAAACACAUUCCUACACUUUUAAUGUAUAUGUUUGUUAUAAUGUCCAUGUAAACAUAUGCCCUAUGUUUGUGCCUUUUAAUUAGUUUGUCUCAAUAAACAAAACUGUAGAGAAGAA